UCAAAGGCGAGAUCCCAGGAGAGAUCAAGCUAGAAACUCGAAAUGGUUACUGUCACACUAUUGUGGUUGCCAAGAACCAAGAAAAGCAUGUCCUUACAGUGGGUUGGCGGCAAUUUGUUGAAAGCUAUGAUCUACAGGAGGAUGAUUCCUUAAUAUUCAGAUACAAAGGGAACUCUCAGUUUAGUGUCAUGAUCUUUGAUAAGCUUGGUCCUGAAAAAGCAUUAUCGGUUGUUCUGGAUCCUUUUUGGCCUCAGGUCCAAGACAGGUGCAACGAGGCACAUGAAAACGGGUGAAAUACUAUACUUUAUUAUUCAUGUCUUUAUUUCUUGGCACCAAAUUUCACUUCAAAUGGCUUUCACACUGCAGGUAUUCUCAAAAGAUGGAAGUGCCUCGGAAAAGAAGAAAAAGCCGGAUUGAAUAUCACUACGCAAACUUGGAUGAUGAGAAGAAAUAUUUCUUGGUGCUUAUGAUGGACAAUUUUCAACAUGAGAUGAUCAUCCCAAAAGAAUUUGUUCAGUGUUUCAAGGGCGAAUUCCCAGGAGAGAUGAUACUUGAAACACAAAAUCGUUGCAGUUAUGAAAUUGGAGUUGCCAAGAACAAUGAAAACCUUGUCCUUAUAGUGGGAUGGGAUAAUUUCGUUGAAACCUUUGGUCUAGAGAUGGGUGACGCCAUGUUAUUCAGAUACAAUGGGAACUCUCAGUUUAAUGUCAUAAUCUUCGAUGAAUCUGGUUGUGAGAAGGCAUCAUCUCCGCCUCCCGUGCAAGAAAGGCGCACAAGUGCUACUGAUACUGUGAAAAUUUCUGAUUUCUAUCCUCAGCCCAUACAAAUGGUACUGCCAGAGUCACCACCAACGAAAAGGGAUGCCAUACAAACGCAGCCAUUUAGCACAGUGAAAGGGAUGCCAAUGGAGUCACCACGCCUCCAAAUGGAAAGGGACAAGUCAUGUCAAGAUAACAGCACUGUGAUAAGUAUUUCCUCCGGCGGGUCAUCAGAAGAUGAUGUCUCCUCUGAAGAAGUACGUGAAGUGACUGGUUCCGAAUGCAUUGUUUGGAAGAAGGUACGAUCUUCAUUUCAGAAGGAGCAGUUGAAGGAUCGUUAUAUUACCGCCCACAAGAGUAGACUAACUUCAGCUCAGAAGGAAGUGGUGAAGCAGAAGGUCCAAUCCAUACAACCAGAGAUCCCAUUCUUUGUUGCUGUGAUGCGCAAGUGCAACGUUGUUUUAGAAUUCUUUCUGGUUUUCCCAAAACGCUAUGCUAAGGCAUAUCUUAAAGAGAAGCGACACUUGUCUCUUCAGGUGAUGGGCAAGGAGUGGCCGGUGUGGUUUCGUGAAAACAGUUGCGAUAAAAGGCUUGGAAAUGGAUGGAAACGGUUUGUAGAAGACAACAAGCUGAAGAUGGGUGAUAUGUGCCUCUUUGAACUGCUGAGAGAUGAGAGGACCAUGGAGGUACAUAUCAUCCCCGCCGCAAACGAUGACAAUUAUCGGGCAGGUCUCCAGAAUGGUGCUGACCGGGAAGCGGCGUUCCGGGGAGGGGCUCCUACUCAUCAUACGGAUGGAGCGUGUGAUCCUGACACAAGGUUGCUUCGCAUCACUAAAACUGAAGCUAUGGAAGAUGAUGCUGUUGCCCCUGAUGGUGCCUGA